GGCACUGGCAAAAGUUUGGUCUUGAGAAGUCACACUUUGAUUAGAAUGAUCUUGACGGCUUUGAACCACACCAUUCCUCUGAGUGAUGGGAACAGCAUACCUUUGAUAGGACUGGGGACUUAUGCGGAUCCCCGCAAGACCCCUAAAGGAACUUCAUAUGAAUCAGUCAAAGUGGCUAUUGAAACUGGGUACAGACACAUUGAUGGGGCUUUGGUCUAUUUCAACGAACAUGAGGUGGGACAAGCAAUAAGGGAAAAAAUUGCAGAUGGAACUGUGAAGAGAGAGGACAUCUUCUACUGUGGGAAGCUGUGGAACACAUUCCAUCCCCCAGAACUGGUGCGUGCUGCUUUGGAGAAAACCUUGAAGACAUUACAGCUGGAUUAUGUCGACCUCUAUAUUGUAGAAAUGCCCACUGCCUUCAAGCCAGGAGAUACUUUCUACCCCAAAGAUGAGAAUGGGGAGUACAUUUAUCAUGAGACCGACCUCUGUGCUACAUGGGAGGCUUUGGAGGCUUGCAAAGACGAGGGGCUUGUAAAAUCUCUUGGAGUAUCCAACUUCAACAAGCGACAACUGGAGCUGAUUCUUAACAAACCAGGGCUGAAACACAAACCUGUCUCAAACCAGGUUGAAUGCCAUCCCUAUUUCACUCAGCCAAAGUUGCUUGAAUACUGCCGGCAGAAUGAUAUUGUCAUUGUGGGAUACAGCCCCUUGGGGACAUCUAGAGAUGCAUCCUGGGUAAACCUGAAAUGCCCCCCACUGUUGGAAGAUGAGCUAUUGGUAUCGGUUGCUAAGAAGUACAACAAGACCACAGCCCAAGUGGCUCUGAGGUUCAAUGUGCAGAGAGGAGUGGUGGUCAUCCCAAAGAGCUUCAACCCUGUUCGCGUAAAGGAGAACUUUCAGAUAUUCGACUUCUCUCUCUCUGAGGCUGAGAUGAAGGCAAUUGAUGGGUUGAACACAAAUAUUCGCUUUGUGGAGCUCCUUAUGUGGUCUGAUCAUCCAGAGUAUCCAUUUCAUGAUGACUACUAGACACCACAGAUUUCAAUAAUUCACUAGAAUCUAGAGUCUAAUAACUAGACAAAAUAAUGACUUGGCUUGUUCGCUUUAUAGCUUUAACAAAAGCAUUUUGAAAAUAAUUCUGAUAGAACUUUUAUUGUACAUUUCAUAAAAUAUUUCUGAUAAACAAUUUACUGCAGGUUUGAUUGAUGUAACUUUUAUAUAGCAGGGAAUUUGAUGUUUUUUUUUCUUUUUAAAUUGCAUGCACUUUAUUUUUCUUUAUGAACAACUUUCAUUACAAGCCUUUGUUUCUGAUUAAAAGGCAAAUGGAAAACA